CGGCCGCGGCAGCCCCUGCGCGGUCCGCACCCCGCCCCGGCCCCGGGCACAAGAUGGCGGCGGCCGUGAGGGCGCCGGGCGGCGCGGAGGGCCGGGGCGGCGGGCGGCGGGGCGUAGAGGGCCCGGCGGCGCGGCGCUGAAGGAGGCCGCCCGGCCCGCCGUCCCCUCGCCGCAUCGUGACGGGCUCCGGCGGCCCCGCCGCGGCGGGGUGGGGCUGCAGCGGCCGCCGCGGCCGGGCCGAGGAGCGGGGAGACCGUGCCCGGCGCCCCGGUGUCGGCGAUGAGCGGCGCGGAGGCGCGGGAGCUGGAGGAGCGGCUGCGGGAGGCGGCGGCGCUGGGGGACGUGGCGGAGGUGCGGCGGCUGCUGGGCGCGGGGGCGGACAUCAACUCCCGCAACGAGAUCAACGGCUGGACCUGCCUGCACUGGGCCUGCAAGCGGAACCAGGCCGCCGUGGUGCGCUGCCUGCUGAGCGCCGGCGCGGACCCGCGGGCCCUGACGGCAGAGGGGCAGCGGGCCGCCCAGCUCAGCUCCCGCGCCGACAUCCGCAGCAUUUUGGGAGAGGAAGAAACUGAAUGUCAAGAGAGGAAGGAUUUAAAUUUGCCAAUUGUUGCAAACUACUUGGCCAGCCCAGCAUUCCCUUAUGUUUACACUGAAGAAGGCAUUCCAGACGGCUUGGCAGAAUCCCAGAAUGAAAGUGCUUCCAUCUCAUCCGCUUCCCAGGGCGAAACUAGUCCUUGUUCAUCAGCAACUCAGGUUGAAAGCAUAUGCACACAUACAUCAUGCAACAGCGCAGACGACGGUCCCGCUCUAGACGCUGCAGAACAGCUGCCACCCCCGUCAGCAGCCAGCGCAGCACCACAGGGCACCCCUCCUGCGCUCCGCAACGGCCCCGCCUGCCAGCCGCCCCUGCCCCACGGCCCAGGGCUGCUCGCUCCAGCGGCAUCCAAGCAGGCUGUGCCUCUGCAAACCGACAGCUCGCCCACUGGUCCCGCGCCAGCCUUUCAGCCCUUUUUCUUUACGGGAACUUUCCCGUAUAACAUGCAAGAACUUGUGCUUAAGGUGAGAGUCCAGAACCUCAGAGACAAUGACUUCAUUGAAAUUGAACUGGACAGACAGGAACUGACCUAUCGAGAUCUGCUGAGAGUGAGCUGCUGUGAACUGGGCGUUAAUCCAGAACAAGUAGAGAAGAUCAGAAAAUUACCGAACACACUAGUAAGAAAGGACAAGGAUGUUGCCAGACUUCAGGAUUUCCAAGAGCUGGAAUUAGUCCUUGUGAAAAGUGACAGCUCUCCUUUCAGAAAUGCUGCAUCAACUUUGACUGAGAGACCGUGCUACAACAGCAGAGCAUCAAAGCUGACAUACUGAGACUCUUCUAGAUGCACCUGGGGUAUGAAAACCUGGUCAUUAUGUGCUGCUGCCUUUUGAAGGCAGCGAAUUAAGUGUGUGUAAAACCUUAAGUUAUUGUUAGGGUUACUAUUUUAACUAAUAGUUUAUCUUUUGUAUUUAAUAUCCCCUUUGCUUUUAUUUUUUUACUUGAUACUGUAUUCAGAUAAGGGAUACCUCAUUUGUCUACUAAAAUCACAUGCUUCCAGUGUAUGUAAAUGAAGUUUAUUGGUUGUAUUUGGCAACAGAGGGCAGGAAAGACUUAAUUAUCGAUACGAAAAGUAUGUUGAGUACUCCCACUCUUUGACCAAAUAAGACUCAUGGAAGACGGAUUCAGGAAAUGGGGGGGGGUGUGUGUGUGUGUAUAGGUAUUUUUUUAAACUUUCUGAUUAAGUUAAAAUAUCAGAGGGUAUCUGGCAUACAAUGAACAGUUGCCAUCUAAAGAUGUAAAACUUUCAAAUCCUUAAAACUCUUGCCCCUUCUUCACAAAGACUUACCAAGAGGGGUUGUCUUGCAUGCUUGGGCUGGAUGUAUUUAAUGCUCUGAAGUGACAGAGGAAAAAUUUGCACUGGACUGGAAAUAAGUGGAGUAAGAGUGUCCGUAUUUAAGUAUUUUGUUUCUUUCCCAUAUGAGAAUAUUGUAACUUAAGUGAUGGCAUCCCUUCACCUCCACAAAAAAAAAAAAAUACGGAAGCCUCUCUUAACUGCUCCUUAAUUAAGUCAAAAGCAAGCUAAAGUGCCCUUCGACAGAACGCACUUAUGUGUCAGGAGCUUGGGAGGUAUUACAGAUCUGUGGCCAUAGUUUCAUUUAUUUAUUUUCCCGACAGUGCGAGGAGACUAUGCGUUACUCACACCACAAGUCGGUGCAGUUAAGUCAGGGAACUAUUUUCUUUACGGCCCACCCUGACUAACCAGUUGCAGGGUGUGUGGUUAAGUUUCGGCUGUGAGAGGAGCAGGAGAAGCACAACGGUAUACUCGAGGUAUCACAACUGGAAGGAGCGUACCAUGCUCUUAAUUAGCCAUACUAAACUGGAAACCUAUACCAUUAGCAAAGAAAUAACCUGUAACUUCACAUGUUGCAGAGUCUACUAUCACUUUUACAGUGUCCAAAGUUUUGGCCAGAUCAAUACUGAAAGGGCUGAAUGCCUCCAGGUGUUUUCAGUGGAUUUUUUGGGGAACAAAACCCAGAUUCUGGUGAAGCUACAGACUGCUUAACUUGCAUUUAAGCAAGUCGGUAACACAACGUCAAUCUGUGGUUUCAUGAAUGGCAAAAGUCAUCAUUAAAGCAAAGUAUUUAAGUCACAGCGUUGCUGGAGUAUUACUAACAACCUGAAGCUUCUCCUGUUAACAGGGUAGUCUGCAAAGUUACACCUCAGCAGGCUUUUUGUUUUCUUUUGUACCAAAACCGACAAUGAUGACCUUUGCACCAAAAACCUUAACCAGGUACGGAGGAGGUGGGUGGAGAGGUGAAGGAGUUGUUUUUUCUGGGCAUGAGCUGCUUGCUUCUCCCACCCCAACAGUAUUGAUUUUCCUUCCACCUCCUGCUUUCCUAGGCUGCGCUAGAGCAGAAUUUGUGCACAGUAGUUGUUGUUGAUCUGGAUUGUGGUGUUGACAUUCAGACUGUAAGCAGUACAAUCAACGCCUUUGUUCUGGCAGGAGCGGCGUGGCUGCCGCCCUGGCUUAGCUGCAGGCAGCACAGCUGCUUUACCCUUGGGGUGGCUCCUCCAAGCAAGGGCAGUACAAGCAAACCCGUCAGAAGGACAGAGAACCCCCUUCCGCCAGCAGAAGAGACGCUAGAUUCUGGGUUCAGGAUUUACACCAAGUUAUUUAGGCUUAAACUUCUUGCUUAGUGCAUUCAGAAUAAUUAUCCUUUCUCGCUUGCUCCAUAAACGUCUCAUGACUUAAACUCUGCUGACUCCCCGCCCUCAGUCCUGGCCCUUCUCUCUCCAGAGCUGGACUUCUGUAAAGCCUGAUUCAAGUCCUGGUAAGCUCAAGACUGUGUGUCACGCAGUAUGAAGUAAAAUUUCCUAACUAUGGCUCCCGCUUUGUUUUUCUGGUAGGACAGGAAAGCGAGUUUCGAUUUUAACAAUUCUCUAUUUAUCUUUGCAGCAUAGCUUGGAGGCUAGCUCAGAUUAUGUGCAAUAACUGUUUGAAAAACAGUAGUCGUUAAAUGUCUCAAAAUUAACAGUAUCUUAAUUUCCUUUCAGUUCCUUUGUUUAGGAAUAAUCAGUGUAAAGACUGCCUCCACUAAUUACUGAACAUUCAGCUACAUGAGCAGCUGGUUUUAAAAAAAAAAAAGCUUUAUUUGCUCUAGCUUCUACCAAGAAUAACUGUUAACAUGAUACAACUAAAACUUUAAUCAUGAUCUGACUGUAAUAAUAACAGUAAGUCUAUGCAUUCAGAGAAAUAUUUUUGUAUGUUUUAUGCAGUUUGAUAAACUCUAAGGCACACUAGUUAUGUUAACUGGUUUUUGUUGGUUUUUUUUUCUUUGAACAAUAAACCGUUGGUAUGACAACUGAAACUAAGUUUACAAAACUUACUGUUCUUCCAAGGACAACUUUUGUUUGCACUACAAACUUGUACUGAACUGACAUUGCUACUCUUCACUUAUAUUAAAGUACAUCAGUUGUUUCAAGUA